AUGGUCGGUAGUCCUAGUGGGAAUUUGUCAGGUAGUGGUACUCCCCCACCAUCACAACUACCUCCAAGGUUUGAAAGUGAAGUCGAAUUAAGUGAGGUGUCAAACUUAGAUGAUUUAGAACAAGAAUAUGAUCAAUACAAAGCUGCGGAAGAUAGAGAAAGAGUUGUAGGAAGAGGUGAUGAUGAAUAUGACGAUGAUCUACGCAAAGGGAAAGUUGAUUACAAAGAGACCGAACUAGAAUAUUGGAAUUCUACUAAUGGUACUACCAAUUUGCUUGCCCCAAAAGCAACUGUACCUUCAUAUGAAGAGGGUCAAGUAGGACCAUUCGAUAUCUUCUACCAUGAUUUGAAGGACAGAAUGACUUUGGGUGCUGUUAAACAUUAUUUUGAAUCUGCGUUCCCAAUUAUAAAAUGGUUACCAUUUUAUAACUGGAAAUGGGGUUAUGCGGAUCUGGUAGCUGGUAUUACUGUGGGAUGUGUCUUGGUUCCUCAAUCAAUGUCAUAUGCACAAAUCGCUACUUUGCCACCACAGUACGGUCUAUAUUCCUCCUUCGUUGGUGCAUUUAUUUAUUCUUUCUUCGCUACUUCAAAAGAUGUCUGUAUAGGGCCUGUCGCAGUUAUGUCUUUGGAAACCGCCAAAGUUAUUCAAGAGACUUUAGAGAAAUUUCCAAAAGAAGAUCAUGAAGUCACAGGACCGUUGAUUGCAACGGCGCUGGCGCUGUUAUGUGGUAUUGUGGCAAUGGGUGCUGGUGUUCUACGUCUUGGGUUUUUGGUGGAAUUAAUUUCACUCAAUGCAGUAGCAGGUUUUAUGACUGGUUCCUCAUUAAACAUUAUUUCAGGUCAGGUUCCUGCCUUGAUGGGCUUCAAAAAAUAUGUGCAUACCAGAGACUCGACUUAUAAGAUUAUCAUCAACUCGUUGAAAAAUCUAAAACACACACAAUUGGAUGCGGUGUUUGGUCUCAUUCCAUUGGUGCUGCUUUAUACUUGGAAAUGGUGGUGUUCAUCCUAUGGUCCCAAGCUGGCUGAUAGACAUUUCAAAAACAAUCCAAAGAAGAGAGAUAUUUUGAAAACUUUUUACUUUUACGCCCAGGCUAUGAGAUCUGCUGUUAUCAUCAUCGUGUUUACAGCGAUCUCCUACGGUAUCACUAAAGGCAGAAAAACCCCUAGAAUUUCAGUUUUAGGUAAGGUUCCUAAGGGUCUAAAGGAUGUUCACGUUAUGAGAAUUCCUGAGGGUCUUUUGUCAAAGAUGGGAUCGAGUAUUCCUUCUGCGAUUAUCAUUUUACUUUUGGAACAUAUUUCUAUUGCUAAGUCCUUUGGUAGGGUCAACAAUUACAAAGUGGUUCCUGAUCAAGAAUUAAUUGCCAUCGGUGCUACUAAUUUGAUUGGUACUUUUUUCAAUGCCUACCCUGCAACUGGUUCUUUCUCCAGAUCUGCAUUGAAGGCAAAAUGUAAUGUUCGUACCCCAUUGUCCGGUGUUUUCAGUGGUGCCUGUGUGCUUUUGGCAUUGUACUGUUUAACUCAGACCUUCUACUAUAUUCCAUCUGCUACGCUUUCUGCAGUUAUUAUCCACGCAGUUUCGGAUUUAUGUGCAUCUUACAAGACUAGUUGGAACUUCUACAAGAUGAACCCCGGUGAUUUCAUUGCAUUUAUUGUUACUGUUUUCAUUACUGUUUUCUCUUCCAUCGAUUAUGGUAUCUAUUUUGCCAUGUGUUGGUCUGCAGCUAUGUUUUUGUUGAAGAAUAUGUUUGCCCCAGGUAGAUUCCUUGGUCGUGUGGAAGUUGCCGAAGUGGUGAAUGCUCAAGUGGAUCCAAACGUUGAAAGUGUCAGUGAAAGUGCUGGUUCACAUCUGGACGGCUUUCAAGCACAAUCUUCUAUUGAAUCGUCUUCCAAAAAAUUGGAUCCAUUGGAUAAAUCUGCGGUACAUUCGAAUUAUUUGAAUGGCGGUGAUGAUGGCAGCGACAAUAACAUCAACAAUCAGAUAGGACAAAAAUUGGUUUACCAUACUAAAUGGAUCUCUUAUGAUCGCUCUUACUCUAGAGAAUUUAAUCCUGAAGUACCGAUCCAACCUCCACCUCCAGGUGUCAUCGUAUACCGUUUUGGUGAUAGUUAUACCUAUCUGAACUGCAGUAGGCACUACGAUAUCAUCUAUGAUGAAGUAAGGAGAACAACAAGAAGGGGACAAAUGAUAAGUGCAGUAAAGAAGGUCGAUAGACCUUGGAACGAUCCAGGUGAAUGGGAAGCACCACGCUGGUUCAAGAAGUUAACAAGCAAGAAGAAAACCGCAGAAGAAUGGGCAGAAACCGAAGCUCAAGAAUCUAAGGCGGCUGAACAAAAAUUGCAAGAUAAUAGACCUCUAUUGAAGAUCAUCUGUUUGGACUUUUCACAAUGUUCACAAACAGAUGCUACGGCCAUUCAAAAUUUAACUGAUUUGCGUAAGCAGGUUAACCGUUACGCUGAUAGACAAGUUGAAUUCCAUAUUUGUGGUCUCUAUGCACCAUGGGUCAAACGUGCUUUAGUGAAUUUUGGAUUCGGUACCGUUAAUGAAGAGUAUAGCGACGAAUCUUUGUUAGCAGGUCACAGAUCUUAUCAUGUGGCUCGUGCACCCACCUCAUUGGAAGAUGGUUUGGGAUCACCAGCUCAGUAUAGUGUGUACCCAGCUUCUGGUACCAACUUACCAUUUUUCCAUGUGGAAAUACCCGAUUUCAGCAAGUGGGACCUAUAG